AUGGCGACCAUCAGCUUCGAUAUCAACGAUGCUCUCAAGGACUACAUGUCUGAUCCGACGACAAUUCCUACACCAGAAGCUGAGAGUGCCCUAUUCGACUGCGAAAAUGAUCCCGAGGCUCUAUCAAAUACGGGAUUUCUCAAUCCCAUCCUCAACCCCAUUGUCGACGCCAUUGCGGAUAACCCAGAUGCCAUCACGCGCGCGUCCAACAUGGACUCUUUACAAUUUCUACUCAAGUUAGCACCCACUUCCAUUGAUGUCCUAAGCCCUGCAUUUCCCUACUGUCCAAUCGCGGAAGUACAACCAGUCACAGCGAAACCCGAGAUACCACAGGAGAACCAAGCUCACAAAGAUGAAUCUACCAGGUAUACGACCUUCCUUCCGACGCACGCGCUCAGUAAGAUCUUCGAUCUGGUCAUGAGUGGCUUGAGCGCCGAAUCCGAUGCAGUGCAUGGCGACCUAGAUUCCCCUGACGAAGAAAGCGCCCUGCCGCAUCACAAACAGCUCUUGGAGAUAUACGGUUUCUUGUUGCAAUGGACGAUCGCUGCUGUUGAAACGAAGGCGGCAGAGAAGUCAUCAAACGCCCCUGUAGCCCGAGGACGGGGGAAAGCUAAGAAAGGCACGACCAAAGAUGACUCAUGGGACUCGACGGCGCAACUUCAAGCAGCCCUCGACAUAAUGUGCAAGGUCAUGAAGCUGAAGCUUUCCAAGAUCUUUCUCACGACGAGUGAGCGGGACACGUUCAUCGGCUUGUUGACAAGACCCGUGUAUAUGAUCUUGGAGAGCGAGCAGCGGACGAAAAACACGAACAUCCGGAUGCAUUGCUUCAAGGUGCUCUGCGUGGCUGUCAAGCACCAUGGGCAUGGCUACGCUGCCCAAAUCAACGUUAUUCAAAAUCUGACCUACUUUGAGCAUUUGUCAGAGCCCAUGGCCGAGUUUCUGCACAUUCUGGCGGAAACCUACGACUACCCUCAACUCGCUGACGAAGUCCUCCGAGAAAUCAGCAAUCGUGAGUUCAACUCGAAUGAUACACGCGGGCCGAAAUCUGUCUCAACGUUCAUCACCAAGCUUUCUGAGCUGACACCACGGCUGGUGAUCAAGCAAGUGACGAUGCUAGCAAAGCAGCUCGACAGCGAGUCGUAUACCUUGCGAUGCGCCUUGAUCGAGGUCUGUGGCAACAUGAUUGCCUACCUGACGAAGCAGGAUGAGCGCAACGAGAAUCACAAGACCCAGCUCAAUGCUUUCUUCGAUGUGCUUGAGGAGCGCUUUCUCGAUGUGAAUCCGUACUCUCGUGUCAGAGUACUCCAGGUCUAUAUGCGGAUGUGUGAACUGGAGCAAAAGUUCCCUAAACGACGUCAGAAGGCGGCUGAACUGGCUUGCCGCAGUCUCUCCGACAAGAGCAGUAAUGUGCGACGAAACGCAAUCAAGCUACUUGGAACUCUGAUCAAGACGCAUCCGUUCACGGUCAUGCAUGGUGCUCGCCUCAACCAAAAGGAAUGGCGAGAUCGGUACGAAAAGGUCCAGGAAGAGAUUAACGCGCUGAAACCUCCCCCAGACGUACCUGGGCUUUCCGGCGAGAAUGGCAAUCAAUCCGCCGUGGAUACACAGCUCCUCGAUGAGGCUACCCAGAUCGAGUCGCCACAGAAACCAAAGACUAUGACGGACGAGGAGAAAAUUGCCAUCGUCAGGAAGGCCCAAGAAGAAGCUGCAACCAGCGAGGCUAUAGAAAAGCUGACCUUGACCCGGCGAUAUUAUGCGGAGGCGCUCAAAUUCAUCGAGGUCCUCCACGAAGCGACUGGCACCAUUUGCCAACUGCUUGGGUCCAAGAACAAGAGCGAGGUCAUUGAAGCCAUCGACUACUUCGAAAUCGGUGAUGCCUACAACAUCGAGCAGAAUAAACUGGGCAUUCGCCGCAUGCUGCGCUUGAUCUGGACAAAGGGCAACAGCGACGAAGGCAAGGGGGUGCAAACACAUCUCAUCGACUGCUAUAGGCGACUAUUCUUCGAAGCGCCCGAGGAAUUCAGCGCCAAUGAUGCUGCGAACUUCAUCGCCCGUAACAUGAUCAGCCUGACUUUCGGCGCGACGCCUGCGGAGCUGACCUCUCUAGAGCAGUUGCUUGCUACCAUGAUGAAGGAGAAGAUGAUCUCCGAAGUCGUCAUCGGCAAGCUCUGGCAGGUCUACGGCGUGCAGAAGAGGGAAAUCUCGCGCACUCAGCGCCGAGGCGCCAUUAUCAUCCUGGGCAUGCUUGCCACGGCUAACCCAGAGAUCGUCGUCGGCGAGAUUGAGACCAUGCUGCGCACUGGCCUAGCGAUGCAUGGCCGCAACGACCUGCAACUGGCCAAGUACACGUGCAUUGCCCUUCGAAGAAUCAACCCAACAGGUCGUUCAGCCAAGGAUUCGCCCGUUAAGUUCGCGCGAUUGCCAAAUGAUCAUGCUGUCUGUCAAAGGCUGGCUGCCAUUACAGAAGUACAAUCUGAUAGUAAGGAGUGGUACGGCCUGGCGGAGCAGGCCAUCAGCGCGAUAUAUGCUGUGGCGAAGCACCCCGACGGGCUCUGUUCUGAGGUAAUCCGCCGGAAGACGAGGACAGUAUUCGGCCAGUCGCAAUCGAGACCGGCUUCGAGGGACGAAACUGUUCAGUUGACCCAGCAAAUGACCCAAACUCUGGACCCUCAUCUUUCAGACCCGACUGCUACCCAGCUAGGGGCACAGCUCGACCGGCCAAAGAAUCGCGACAAUGCGAUCACUUUGUCACAAUUGUUGUUCAUUGUCGGACACGUUGCCAUCAAGCAAAUUGUCCACCUCGAGCUUUGCGAGCUCGACUUCAAGCGUCGGAAGCAGGAGAAAGAGAAGCUUGCAGGGAGCAAAGAUGAGAAGGACAAGGAAGAGGCCAACGAGCUGGAUCUAAUCGGUGGCACAUCCGAGGACGACUUCACUGAAGCGAUGACACACAUUCGCGAGCGUGAGCUGCUCUACGGGCCAAGCUCGUUGCUGAGUCUCUUCGGCCCUCUCGUCUCGGAGAUAUGCGCCAACAACACGACAUAUGCCGACAAAGGACUGCAGGCUGCUGCGACGUUGUGUUUGGCCAAGCUCAUGUGUGUCUCCGCCGAGUACUGCGAAACUAACUUGCCCCUGCUUAUCACCAUCAUGGAGCGCUCUCCCGACGCCAUUGUUCGUUCGAAUGCUGUCAUUGCGCUUGGUGAUAUGGCUGUCAGCUUCAACCAUCUCAUUGAUGAGAAUACUGACUUCCUGUACCGCCGUCUGGCCGACGAUGAUGUUUCUGUGAAGAGGACGUGUCUCAUGACCUUGACAUUCUUGAUCCUGGCGGGACAAGUCAAGGUCAAGGGGCAGCUCGGCGAGAUGGCCAAGUGUCUGGAGGAUGAGGAUCGCCGCAUUGCAGAUCUGGCGCGCAUGUUCUUCACCGAGCUCAGCACGAAAGACAAUGCCGUAUAUAAUCACUUUGUGGACAUGUUUAGUCUGCUCAGUGGGGGUAGGAUGGAGGAGGAGAGCUUCAAGAAGAUUGUACGCUUUCUUCUUGGGUUCGUCAACAAGGACAAGCACGCGAAACAGCUGUCGGAGAAGCUGGCUGCUCGACUUGCACGCUGCGAGACGGAGCGCCAGUGGAACGACGUCGCCUUUGCCCUUGGGCUUCUCCCGCACAAGAACGAGGAUAUUGCUAAGGUCGUGUCUGAGGGAUUCAAGGUGGUGCAGGCUGCGGGUUAA